AGCUCGAACUUAUAUCCAACUCCCAGUUUAUCUCGAUAAGCUAGUCCGGCCAAUCGGGAGGCUCCGCCGGAGCUCGGUCAUCGACGCGGACCUUUUUUGAUCUGCACCGCAACAUUGUAGAGUAAUCAAUCGUCAAUGCAACGCUUUGCGCGACCUUAAGCUACUGGUCGUGCCCAGUUGACAGGAAGGGAAAUGCGGACAUGGAAACGGAGCUUUGCUACGUCGGUCUUACGGCUUAACCAACAGCCAUCGACGAUCGCAUCUCCGGCGGCGCUACGAUGUGCGCAGAUCCUCCGAGCGUCGCGACACGGCGACUGCAUCUAUGAGAACAAAGAAGUCAAGGUCCAGGGAUUUAUACGUUCCGUUAGGAAACAGAAACGCUUCGCCUUCGCAGAGAUCUCAGACGGGUCGACGGUGCAGCCGCUACAGGCGAUCCUGACGCCAGCUCAAGCUGCCGAUUUGACUACUGGUGCGGCAGUUGAGAUAUCUGGUCUGUGGAAGCCAUGUCCUCCCGGCAAGGAACAGAGUCAUGAGCUCCAAACUACAGACGUGAAGGUGGUUGGCGCCUCGGACGCUGAAACAUAUCCCAUUCAGAAAAAGUAUCAUUCUCCCGACUUUCUUCGACAGAUUCCCCACCUGCGUCUACGGACACCCUUCAGCUCCCUCCUAUCGCGAUUUCGCUCAGAAUGCAUAUAUCAGCUAGGAAACGUGUUCAGAUCACAUCCUUCAGGGGCGUUCACGCAGGUGCAGCCACCGUUGAUAACAUCGUCGGAUUGCGAAGGCGCUGGUGAAACGUUCACUGUCAUACCUAGGGAGUCAAUGGGAUCUGGACCUGAAGCAGAGCAUUUCUUUCGUGCGCCGAAAUAUCUGACCGUUUCUUCCCAACUUCAUCUUGAGGCAUAUGCUGCCGAAUUAGGAAAUGUAUGGGCGCUUUCACCAACGUUCCGAGCGGAAAAGAGCGACACUCCACGCCAUCUGAGCGAGUUCUAUAUGCUCGAAGCCGAGGUCAACUUCACGAAUGAUCUGGAUUCGCUCACAGAUUUGGUCGAAUAUGUCAUUCGUGAUCUCACACGACGGCUCUAUGCCACACCCGCUGGACAGGAGAUUUUGUCUGCCAAGCGGACAGGAGAGUCGGGACAGGAGAAUGCAGAAUCGGGCUCUUCAUUACGUGAAAGAUGGCAAAGCUUGAUGGACGGGCCGAGAUGGCAUCGUGUCACAUACACACGGGCAAUUGAGCUGCUUCAAAAUGCUGUUAAAGAGGACGGUGCUUCCUUUGACUUUCCACCAUCGUGGUCUGAUGGCCUUCAGCUGGAACAUGAGAAGUACAUUGUCGACGUCAUCUACAAGGGUACUCCUGUUUUCGUGACGGACUAUCCGAAGAAGGUCAAGCCAUUCUAUAUGGCUCCUUCUCAGCUCUCAGAGACCGAAGGAGCUGCCUCACCACCGGGCGAGACAGUGGCAUGCUUCGAUCUUCUAGUGCCUGAGAUCUGUGAAGUUGUUGGCGGCUCCCUGCGUGAACAUCGACUGCCGAACAUCAUUGAGAAUAUGCGUGAGCACGGUCUCAUCAAGACUCCUCCUCCACCAGCCGACUCCUCGUCCCCUCCUGUCUCAGCGGAGGAACCUCCAUAUCCAUACUUGUUGCCGAACGAAGACCUCGCUCACCUGCGGUGGUAUGCCGACCUUCGUCGCUGGGGCACCGCUCCUCACGGCGGCUUUGGCCUGGGCUUUGACAGACUUCUCGGAUACUUGGCAGGUGUCAGCAGCCUUCGAGACAUCGUGCCAUUCCCGAGACAUUUCGGAAGAGCCGAUUGCUAGAAGCAUAUCGAAAAAAAAUAUCCGCCAUAACUAGCCUCCACUCAGAUAUAUCUGUGUUAGUACUGUACUAUAGUGUACCAUUGAAAGAUAUCCGAGCCAUUCUAGGCUUAUUUUAUUUCCGUUUGGCACAACAUCGAUCUACUCGUCCUAUAUCCUCGAAUGAAACAUAACAGGCA